AUGGUCAUCGUGAUAGGUGAAUACGAGGCUCCUCCGGACUCGUCGGCCAGUCGGCCGCGGAUGUCGUCUCGAGCACAGAACGAUUACCGAGUCGGGAUGCCGUGGCCACCAGACACAUCCAUCAAGCGCAACCCAACGCCCGAAAUGAGGGAUUCCUGGAUCGCAACCGGCCAAGAAACGGAGCCCAAUUACAACCCCCGUGCGUGUCUAGUUCUUCGGACAGGUCCAAUCGCACCCGUGGAAGGGAUCGCGUAUUUCCGGGUUCCCUCAACACUGAAGCCUUGCUUCGGUUGUGGAGAGUCUGGCGAGUGCUCGGUUGUCACCCGGUCUCUCCAGACGGGGUUGACUUCCGAUUAUCGGCACUUUCCCCUCCUCACGGUCGACUUUCCACGGGUGUUAUUGGUGGGAAGCGAUCUGCUGAGCAAUAAACAGACGGAAGAAUUGUUCCACUUUAUCCUUGCGGACACCUCCGUAUUGUCGGGAGUAGAGUCGUCCGUGGUGACGAUUGAGCGAAUUCGAUUAGGAGAGAAGAACAUCAGGUGGCUGGUGAUUCGCUGGUGGAGUGGACCGUCCGGAGUAGUAGGCAGAGUAGUAUCCGAGCUGGAGUUGAUGGAGUCAUCUGCUCACGAUCAUGUGAUUGUUGCAUGGUGA